GGCGCGGCUGCGCAUGGCGCCGGCCUCGGUGCUCGCCGACCACCUGGUCAUGAAGAUCUGCCACACCAAGCCGACGGAGAGCGAGUCGCUCCUCGCCCUCGGCGCCCGCAUCACCGCCCAGGGCGCCAACGCGCUCAUCGAGCUGAUCCAGCGCUGGCGCACCGCCCAUGCGGACGUGGCCGGCGGCGCGUCCCAGGGCCCGGCGGCCUCCCAGGGCGGAGCGUCGGCCGCGGGCGCCAGCCAGGGCGGCGCGCCGAUGCAGCUGCCGACAGAGACGUACACGCCUGCGGCGCCGUGGAAGCUCGCGGUGCCGCCCGCCGGCAAGAAGCCGCCUGUGUGGGACGCGUCGUGGCGCCGCUUCCAGCAGGGCCAAAAGGAGAGCAUCGAGCAGAUCGCGCUGACGCAGGUGAGCGGCAAGGCCAUCCUGCCCUCGACGGUCAGCGGCCAUCUGCUCACGGCGCUGGUGCAGGGCCGGCCGGUCGAUUUGGCGCGGCUCGCGCAGCAGGUGACCGCGCAGGGGCUCGCGCCGCCGUCCGAGGACGAGUGGGAUCGGCUCGAGAGCGCGGAGGCGGCGAGCGGGAUCAACGUGGUGACGACCCUCAAGCUGGUCAAGACCGACAUGUGCAAGGUCUUCCUCCCGGCGGCGGAGAAGGAGUGGGCCGAGCGCGACGACGCCGAGAAGGCCGAGGUUAGCUACUGGUACGCCAAGCUAGACUGGUACACGGCCUUCCGCAAGGUGGGUCUGGUGCCCAGCUUCGCGGGAGCGGCGAAGCAGGCGAGGAUGGCGUGAGUCUUGCACUUGGAGCGCAUGCGCGGGCGGAGCGGCGAAGCAGGCGAUGAUUGGCGUGAGUCUUGCACUUGGAGCGCAUAUGCGCGUGGAGGUGCGCGUGCGUGGGUACUGUACUCGGGGUGUCGGACAACGGUUGUCCUAUGUCGCGGAGAUAGAGGGAGAUACGGGGAGAUAGAGGGAGAUACGGGGAGAUAGCGCAAAAAAUCGUCCAGACUAGGGCGCUGGUUC